CCACACUCCCCCUUCAGAGGGCGUUCUGAAUUAAUCUUGGAGAUCUUGAUGGAAAGGAAGUAGUUUCUAAGCAUUUGGUUCCCUCUCUAAGAUCUUUGGUUGGUAUGAGAGGAGUUGGAUGGACCCGGCUUUGAACCUGUUUCUGAGAUGAUGGAAGAAUUGGUGGUUGGCAGUUCACAGAAAAACCCUCUCCUUUGAGGAAAUCCUCACCUUUCUGGAGGAUCCAAUGAUAGCUGGACAAGUCAGUAAGCCCUUGCUGUCACUGCGGACUGAAAUGAAUGCAGAGUUGAGAGGUGAGGACAAGGCAGCUGCUUCAGACAACGAGCUGAAUGAGCCCCUGCUUGCGCCUGUGGAAUCAAAUGACAACGAGGACACUCCCAGCAAGCUCUUCGGAGCCAGAGGAAACACGACGCUGUCUGACACCAGCACAUCUGACCAGCACCAGCCCAGUCAGUCCCACCCAGCGUUCCCCGUCGGGGCCCAGCCACUACUGACAGCUCAGCAGUUAGCCUCGGCUGUAGCAGGGGUGAUGCCGGGAGGCCCUCCAGCACUGAACCAACCGAUCCUUAUUCCUUUCAACAUGGCUGGACAGCUGGGCGGCCAGCAAGGUCUGGUCCUCACUUUGCCGACGGCUAAUCUCACCAAUAUCCAAGGGCUGGUAGCGGCAGCUGCAGCAGGAGGCAUUAUGACGUUGCCAUUGCAAAAUCUACAAGCUACCUCAUCCCUGAAUUCCCAGCUUCAGCAGCUUCAGCAUCUUCAACAGCUCCAACACCAACAGCAGCAGCAGCAGCAGCAGCAACAGGGCCAAACGAGCCAGCAGCCCCAGGGGCAGGCAAGCCAACCGCCCCACCAAGCUCAGCAGCAGCAACAGCCACAACCGCCUCAGCAGCAACAAUCCCAGCAACAGCAACCCCAGCAGCAACCCCCGUCUCAGAGCCAGAGUCAGCCGCCGCCAGCUCAGCAAUCUUCGAGCUCCCCUCCAAAGCCCAACCAGUCACCAGGACAUGGCCUUCCCUCACCUCUCACACCACCAAAUCCACUCCAGCUGGUUAAUAAUCCCCUAGCAAGUCAAGCAGCAGCAGCGGCGGCAGCAGCGGCCAUGGGCUCUAUAGCAAGCUCGCAGGCCUUUGGCAAUGCACUCUCCGGCCUUCAGGGGGUCACAGGUCAACUAGUCACUAAUGCACAAGGACAGAUUAUCGGAACAAUCCCAUUGAUGCCUAAUCCAGUCUCAUCCAAUCAGGCAGCCGGAGGAGCUCAGGGCCUUCAAGUGCAGCCAAUUACACCACAGUUACUGACCAAUGCCCAGGGGCAAAUCAUCGCAACUGUCAUUGGGAACCAGAUAUUGCCAGUGAUCAACACCCAGGGAAUCACACUUUCACCGCUCAAACCAGGCCAACAGCUUCAUCAGCCCUCCCAGACGCAAGUGGGACAAGCAGCUUCACAGUCCAAUCUUCUGCAUUUGGCUCACAGUCAGGCAUCUAUGUCUCAAAGCCCAGUGCGUCAAGCUUCCUCCUCUUCCUCCUCCUCUUCCUCAUCUUCAGCUCUGAGCGUUGGCCAGUUAGUCAGUAAUCCCCAGACAGCCUCCAGCGAGGUGGAUGGGGUGAACCUCGAGGAAAUCCGCGAAUUUGCCAAAGCUUUUAAAAUCCGACGCCUGUCCCUUGGUCUCACCCAGACGCAAGUUGGUCAAGCUCUAAGUGCCACAGAAGGUCCAGCAUACAGCCAGUCUGCCAUCUGCAGGUUUGAAAAGCUGGACAUCACCCCUAAAAGUGCCCAGAAGAUCAAGCCGGUGCUUGAACGGUGGAUGGCUGAGGCUGAGGCCCGCCAUCGGGCAGGUAUGCAGAACCUGACUGAAUUUAUUGGAAGCGAACCAUCCAAAAAGCGCAAGAGGCGCACCUCAUUCACGCCACAGGCUCUUGAGAUCUUGAAUGCCCACUUUGAGAAGAACACGCAUCCCUCUGGGCAGGAAAUGACAGAAAUUGCAGAAAAACUGAACUAUGACCGGGAAGUAGUUAGAGUCUGGUUCUGCAAUAAGAGACAAGCACUGAAGAACACAAUUAAACGCCUAAAACAGCACGAGCCUGCGACGGCAGUCCCAAUGGAGCCCUUAACAGACUCUCUGGAAGAAAACUCUUGAAUGGAUAGAUUGAAAGGAAGAACAAAACACAACAAACAAACACACACAAUUAAACAUUUGAACUCUGUAAAGAUGUUCUUUCGUCACCCUUGUAAGUAAAAGACUGAGAAAACUGCAAGAUGGACAGAACAAUUUCUAAAUUUGUGUGGGUUUUCCUAGAUAAAAACAAACCAGGAAAAAAAAUCACACACAAAAAAAAUACACAGCACUUAGGAGGUGUGUGUGUGUCGUAGAACUAGUUCCAAAAAAAGCCAGUUUUUUUUUAAUGGACUUUAAAAGUAAACCAAAUAAUUGCUCACUUUUUUCCUGUGUAUUAUAAAAAUGUGAACAUGUUUUAUGGAAAAAGAACCCAACACACACACACACACACAUACACACACACACACACACACACACACAAACACAAGAACCUUUUAACUGCUGAAAGGGACAAAAAAAGAGUACAAGCCUGCCACCUGGAGGAGCGACUGUAGUCUUUCAGGUAUCAAGUGCUUCUUUACUACGAAAACUAUUAACCAAAGUCAGAAAUAAGGGAUUGCAAAUUAGAUUGUUGGUCCACUCUUUUACAAGUGCUAUGUUGUGUUAUGAAUUUUUACAUUUGUACUUUGCAAAGAGGGAAACAAAAUACAGGACUCCCCCCUCCCCCCCCCCUCCGCGCGCAUCCUUUCUCACUUGCACAGUGCGUGAGUAAAAACACCGGAUUCAUUCUACAGUGUCCAACCGUUCUGGUUGUCAUAUACAGUUUUGUGAUCUUCAAAUGUUUGUGUGCCAAAAUGACUGUUUGCUAAACUGUGGAUAGUGGGCUUUGUUUUUACUUCCAUUUUUUUAACUAAAGAUUUCAUUCAUUUGGUUUCCAUCUGACCCCUUCCUUCUCCAUCCCCAAACGGUUUACAUUUCUUUUUAAAAGUGGUGAACCUUUUUUUGAACACACAGGACUAACAAUCACGUUCUAAGGACAUAGCAGGCAACUUGAACGUCCGCUUUCAGUGGACAUCUUGCCACUUUCUAUGUCCUCUGGCCACGAACUGGGAGAGGUUACCAAAGCUACUUCUGUAAUAUAAAUAUAAACUGCACACCUGGUCCAACAUA